AUGAAAAUAAAACUCGACUCUGCCUACAAGAAGAAAGCCACGUCAACAGCGGCAAGAGAUUAUGGAUCCAUUUCCAACGACAAAGAGUUAAUUAUGAAGCAUUGGAUUAUGACGCAGACAAGCAACCCUCAGUUUGCGAUAGCUCGUUCUGCAAUAUGCACUACUUCAGGUGCAAUCUGUUUAGUAAUCCUUCUUCUUAUGACUGGAUAUCUACUUUCAUUCUUCACUGGCUUGUUCUCUGACCUCCGACUCAUUCUCCUCGAAUCCAAAUCCAGUUACAAGUGGUCGGUGAAUUUCAUACUUUAUGCCCAAAUAACCGCUAUUUUCUUCGGUUCCAUAUCCCCAAUAUGUAGAUGGUUCAUGGUGGUUUGGUACAAAUUUACAGGAAGGUCAAAAUCAAGCUUUAGAGAUUUGUGGACAGUAGAGGAAUACUGGACGGAGAGAUUACAAGAAUUGAAACACUCGCGGUCACGGUUGAAUUGCCGCCUUUUGAGAGCUCUGUUUCUGAAUAUUUGCAUUAAGUUUCAGAUUUUCACAGUUAUUUCAUGCAAGUUCCUCAGUUUCAUCUCCUUGGUCUUUUUCCUUCCCUUGUUUUAUUUCAAGAAGUUUAUCCAAUUCUUAAUUAGUUCUAUGAAGAGGAAGAAGACGACGGCGGAUACCAAAAAAGAAUGGAAUCCGGAUUGGGAAAUAAAACUUGAAAAGGAACCGGAGUUUCCCAAGGAUACAAUAGAGCAAAUUGUUAGUAUUGCUGAUGAUUAUAUCAAGAAGGGCAAGAAGAAGACAGAUUCCAUGGAAUUAAUCAAACUCCUCAACAAAGCAAAUGGAAUUGAGAAAUUCAAUCUUACUCUUAUUGAAAGCCUAACCGGAAUAACCAUCGACGGCAUUCCUAAUAAUCGGAAUGGCAGUUGGACCAUGAUGGUUGUGACACUUUCCACCAUUGCAGUGGCCUGCUCAAGGGAAUGUGAUGACGAGUUUAUACUUAUGGUGAGCAAUAUCCUUCCAUACGUCAUAUACGUGGAUGAAAUUGUUGGUGUUGGCUCAAAAGUUGACAACAUUAUUCAUCUUGUGGACGCUGCCAUGGCCGCCACCACCACCACCGAGAAUAAUUCUUUGAAAGCGAAUCUUACAGUUCUAAGAGAAUCCAGCACAAGUUAUAUCAAGAAUGUAACAACUGGCGGUGAUAAACUGAGAGUCACGGCAGUGGAAUGGAUGCAUGAAACGGUUUUACAAUUCCUGAAAAGCGAGGAACAUGUGAUGAUCGAUGAUCUGUCCGACAAAAUAGCUGGAAUGGUUGCAGAUAUCUUAGCCGCAUGCUUGGUAAACCUGUCAAAAGCCAUAACCAUAAAGAUCUCAGACACUCACACUCCCAUUGAGAAAAGAGAGGAGGUGGUGAAACAGGCCGCUUGCAUAUUCGGAGAGACCGAAAAAGUUCGAGAAUUUGCAGAGAAAAGACUUUCCUCCAUAAUAUCUGCUGCCCAAGAUCACAAGGAAUACGCGGAGGCCUCGUGGUGGAAGGUUGUGAUUAAAGACACAAACACAGCAGGUUCGAAGGUGUCUCAUGUUUCUACCUACGACCAUAAGAUACAAGUCGACGUAGAUGCUGCAUGA